AUGGCGGAAUCCACGUACAAGAUCCCAGAAGAAUACCAGACACAGCUGAAAUAUGUGGAGUCGAAAGACAGCCGUACCGAUGCCGAGAUUCUGGACGCCUUGACGAAACAUGUACCCAUCGCGUCCGAGAAGAACAUUUGGACGUUCUGGCAUGCCGGCGUACAGCAGAUGCCAACAUGGACACAGCGCAACAUCAUCAACUGGGUGCGACUUCACGGCCCUGAGUGGACGAUUCGCGUGCUCGACACGGUACCAGACUCGCCAAAUCACGCGUUGACAUGGAUAUCGAAUGACCUUCUUCCGGAGACCUUCGUGAAGGGUACGAUGACGGGGCCGUACGUAGGUCCUCAUAGCGCCGACUUCCUGCGUGGCGCAGCACUGUACACGUAUGGUGGCGUUUGGAUGGACGUCGGAUGCAUCGUGUUCCGCAACCUCGACAAAGUCUGCUGGGACCAGCUUGGGGACGACGACAGCCCAUUUACAGUCGCUGCGCCACUGGUGCACCUGAUCUUCCUGGAGCUCUGGAAGGGACGUACCGACUUUACUGGCGUGGUGCAGUCGCCUCUCAUCAGCUUCAUCAAGCAGAUGAAUUCCAAGGAUCUUCAAGACUCCGGAUUUAAAUGGGAGUGGAAAGUCGAUGAGAAGACUCUUAUCGGUUACAUUGGGCAGUGCCUCGCCUGGAUACGCUUGACGUGGCUGCAAGAACCCAACGGUGGUUUCGAUGGCGUCACCUACUGGGCUGAGAAGGUCUUGCUGUGGCAUGCGCUAUCUGAAGACUUUCCUGCUGAGAACACUCUUGGCUUCGAUAUCAGCGCAGACUUUUUGAAGCUUUUGGCCAUGAGCGUGGGUGCUGACGAGUCCGACGCGGUAUACGAGAAGGCGAAGAAGGCCACGUGGGGGAUGUUGACGCAGAGUGUGAUGCAGAAGAUCACACAUGGCAAAGGGCUGGGCGAAACGAUUCAUAUUGGCACUUUGCUGGACCUUCCGGAAAAUGAGGGUGUAGAUGCUGCACCUGGAACGUUGGCAGGGCUACUACGAUAUGGAAGCGUGCACCUGGAGCAGACGAGAGACAUGCCGUAUAUCAAGGCCCCUGCGGUGGAUCCUGAGUUCAUUCUUCAUAAGGGAUUACUGGAGGCGUGA